AUGGCGAGCUCACCCCUCGACGAGAGCCUGGUCACCUACCUCAAGACCCACGCCCCAAACAACGCCGCCUCCGAGACCGACGGCGUCAAAGCCUCGCAGUCCCUCUUCCCCGACAUCACCUACACCGACGCCGAGAAAGCUGAGCUUACUCAGUGGCUCGCCACUGCUGCCCACAUCGCCUCGUCCACCGAGGAUGCUGCCAAGUCUGCUGAGCGCCUGUCGUCGCUGAACACACAUCUCUCGAGCCGAACCACUAUCCUUGGCGCAAAGCCCUCCGUCGCCGACAUCGCCAUUUACCAGAAGCUGGCACCCGUAGUUUCAAAGUGGAGUGGUGAGGAGAGGACCGGCGAGCAGGGACACCAUCACAUUGUUCGACAUGUCGACUUCGUCCAGAACUCGUCCAUCUUCGGCCUGAAACUGGACGACAAGGUCAACAUCGACCUAGACAACGUCAUCUUCAAGAUCAAGCCCGUAGAUGCAAAGGCGGAGAAGGAGCGUAAGAAGAAGGAGAAGGAGGCUGCUGCGGCAAAUGCUGUUGCUACAUCAGGCGCAACACCCACAACGUUGACCGGAGACCAGGGCGUAGAGGAAAAGAAGAGCAAAAAGGACAAGGUCAAGGACAAGGCACAGGCAGCUGGCGAUGCAAUUGCGUCAACAGUGGCUGGAAAGCCCACAAGUGGAGGACCACCAGAGGGUGCACCAACCAAGAAGAAGGAAAAGAAAGAGAAGCAGCCCAAACCACAGAAAGCUGCCCCAGUCGAGAAGCCCCUCUCCCCCGCCCUCAUCGAUCUGCGCGUCGGCCACAUCCUCAAAGCCGAAACACACCCAAAUGCAGACUCUCUCUUUGUCAGCACAAUCGCUUGCGGCGACGCUCCCGGCACAGACAAUACCUCCGAGUACGAAGGCCAGGUCGUCCGCACCGUCUGCUCGGGUCUCAAUGGCUUGAUCCCGCUGGCAGAUAUGCAAAACCGCAAGAUCAUCGCUGUCUGCAAUCUCAAGCCCGUCACCAUGCGCGGCGUCAAGUCGUGCGCCAUGGUCCUCGCUGCAUCGCCCAAGGUCGCUGAGGGCGAGGAUAGCCACAAGGGUCCUGUCGAGCUGGUCAACCCACCUGCAGACUCCAAGGCGGGGGAUAGAGUGUUCUUCGAGGGAUGGGAGGGCGAGCCCGAGGCGGUGCUGAACCCCAAGAAGAAAGUUUGGGAGAUGAUCCAGCCGGGGUUCACGACAACGGAUGCGCUGGAAGUUGGCUUCAAUGUGAGCGUUGUGCCACAGCUGGCGGGUGAGGGUGCGGAUAAGAAGACGGGUGUUGCGAAGCUCAAGACAGCGGCGGGGUUGUGCAGUGUGACUACAUUGAAGGACGCGGUUGUGCGAUAG